GAACCUCAAUAGCUUAAGCAUCCAGCCCAUCCUAUCGUUAUAGCCAUGACUGACCCUUCCUUUUUGCAAAGUGCUCCUGUUAGCAAUGAUGCAUUACAGCAUAAGGAAUUUCUCUUCCGCGGCUUGUACAUGCAGCAGCGCCUCGAAGAGUCACCGAGCCAGGACAUGAAUGCUCUAGUGAAUCCUAAUCUUCCCCAGCAUGACUGGACCAUCUAUGAUGGCCCCAGCACUGAUGCGAAGCUUGUCGCACGCGCUCAAGGCUCGCAUACGGGGACUGGGUUAACCAAAGGAACCUGGCUUAUUUGUUUCGACAUAGCGUUUGUGCAUGAGAGGUUUAAAGAUUCCAGCCUUAACGUACUUGGAAAUUUUGAAGCACUUGUGGAUGGUAAAUGCGCAAUCCUCGGUGGGACGGGAGAGUUUGCGUAUGCACAAGGCGUUUUCAGCUUCAAGAAGGUCCUGGAGUCAGACAAUGGAAAAACUAGGGUCAGGGAGCUUGAGAUCCGUGUCCUGUGCCCCAACUUUGCGUCGUCCCUACCGGUGCCUGUAAAGAUGGAGCCACGGGGUGGAAAUGGAGGUUUCGCUAAAGACAUGGUUGUAAGAGAAUCGCUCCGUCUGGAGAGCAUCACACUGAAGAGUGGCUCGUACGUAUAUUCACUUGCGUUUACUUAUGUCGACAAUCAUGGAAAUAGGCGUACUGAAGGUCCUUGGGGUGGCAGUGAGGGCACCACUCAAACGAUCGAGCUGGGUCCUAAAGAGUUUGUGAAGGAAGUAUCAGGGACCAUUGUCAACGUUGUAUCUUCACUUGUUCUUGUCACCAACGUCAAAACGUAUGGGCCUUUUGGACAGGAGCAGGGACAACGUUUUGUGCAAACCGCGCCAGAAAAUGCAUGUGUUGUGGGCUUCUUCGGCCGAUCUGGAGCUGCUAUCGAUGCAAUUGGUGUUUACACCGGCCCCAUCCUAGAGGAAGUAAAGAUGGGGCCAUGGGGUGGAAAUGGAGGUUUCGCUAAAGAAAUGAAUGUAAGAGACUCACUACUCCGUCUGGAGAGCAUCACGAUCAAGAGCAGCUCGUAUGUCGAUUCACUUGCGUUUUCUUAUGUUGACACUCACGGGAAUAGGCACACUGAAGGUCCUUGGGGUGGCAGUGGGGGCAACAGUCAAACCAUCGUGCUGGGCCCUAAAGAGUUCGUGAAGAGAGUAUCAGGGACCAUUGACAAUGUUAUAUCUUCACUUGUUCUUGUCACAAACAUUAAAUCAUAUGGGCCUUUUGGACUGGAGCGGGGACAACGUUUUGACGAAACCGUGCCAGAAAAUACAUGUGUUCUGGGCUUCUUCGGCCGAUUUGGAGCUGCUCUCGAUGCACUUGGCGUCUACACCGGCCCCAUUCUAGUUUAAAGAACAUCUGCGCUUGUUUUUCUCUAAAUUACAAAAUUGUGAUGCAAGUUCCUUCUUAGCUGGCGCUAGUUCCACUCUUUCUAUUCUAACAAAAUAAUAUGGCUGGGUACGUCCUCCCUACACCAAUGAUCCAUGAUCAUUUUAGUUCAGAGGUUAUUGUAAUUUGCUACUAUAAUUUAUCUAUAAGAAUAAAGUUUCGCAAGUUUGUUUC